AUGAGGAAAAACAUCAAGAGUUUUCAGGUGCAUUUCAGGUACAUUUCAGGACCCGAUUUGGCCGCCACGCUGCUCCCGGGACAGGAAUCCUCCCUCCAGGCUCUGCAGGGCCACCCGUCCCCUGAUCUAAUCUACCAUGCUUGGGACAAGAACCCACGGGGAUCAAGUCAGACCGAGCGGGCCUACCAGAAGCAGCCCACCAUCUUCCAGAACAAGAAGCGGGUGCUGCUGGGCGAGGGUGGCAAAGAGAAGCUGCCCCGCUACUACAAAAACAUCGGCCUGGGCUUCAAGACUCCCAAGGAGGCGAUCGAGGGCACCUACAUCGACAAGAAGUGUCCCUUCACUGGUAAUGUCUCUAUCCGUGGCCGAAUCCUGUCAGGUGUGGUUACCAAGAUGAAGAUGCAGCGCACCAUUGUCAUCCGUCGGGACUACCUGCAUUACAUCCGCAAGUACAACCGCUUCGAAAAGCGCCACAAGAACAUGUCUGUGCAUCUCUCCCCCUGCUUCAGGGAUGUCCAGAUCGGGGAUAUUGUCACCGUGGGAGAGUGUCGUCCCCUCAGCAAGACUGUCCGGUUCAAUGUCCUCAAAGUCACAAAAGCUGCUGGUACCAAGAAGCAAUUCCAGAAGUUUUAAAAACAGCGUAAGGAAGAUACGCGGGGCAAAUAAAAGUUUUGUAAAAACAUA